CGCGCUUUUCAUGGCUGCCAUCUCCAACGCUGUCGCGAACACUUGUUGCUCUCCCAGUCCACUGCUCCGGCGACGGCGAGCCACUGCCAUGGCGGAACGGGCACAGUUCCUGCUUGCCAUCGCCGUGGUCGUACGGGCUUUCGGGGUGGCGGCCGGCGGUGCUUCGUUAGGGGUGAACUAUGGCCAGGUUGCUGAUAACUUGCCGCCGCCGCAGGCCGCGGCGUUGCUCCUCCGCGCGCUGAACGCCACCAGGGUGAAGCUGUACGACGCCGACGCGCGAGUGCUCAGCGCGUUCGCCGGCUCCGGCGCCGACUUCACCGUCGGCCUCCCGGACCGCCUCGUCCCGCGCCUCGCCACCGACCCGUCCGCCGCCGCCGCGUGGGUGCGCGCCAAUGUUCUGCCGCACAUCCCGGCGACGUCCAUCACCGCUAUCACCGUCGGCAACGAGGUGCUCAGCGGCAACGACAGCACCAUGCUCCGGUCGCUCCUCCCGGCCAUGCAGUCGCUCCACGCGGCCCUCGCCGCCUGCAACCUGACCGCCCGCGUGGCCGUCACCACGGCGCACUCCCUCGCCGUGCUCUCCUCCUCCUUCCCGCCCUCCUCCGCCGCCUUCCGCCGCGAGCUCCUCCCGUACAUUACCCCUCUCCUCGCCUUCCUCGCCAAGACCAAUUCGCCGUUCCUCAUCAACGCCUACCCUUACUUCGCCUACAAGGCCGACCCGGGCCGCGUCGACCUCAACUACGUGCUGUUCGAGGCCAAUGCCGGCGUCGGCGACCCGGCCACGGGGCUGCACUACGACAACAUGCUGCAUGCGCAGGUGGACGCGGUGCGCGCGGCGAUCUGCAGGGCCAACUACGGCAAGCCGGUGGAGAUUCGCGUGUCGGAGACCGGGUGGCCGUCCCAGGGCGACGACGACGAGGCCGGGGCCACGCCGGAGAACGCGGCGAGGUACAACGGCAACCUGAUGCGGCUGGUGGCGCAGGGCAAGGGGACGCCGGCGGCGCCCGGCGAGGCGCUGCAGGUGUACGUGUUCGCGCUGUUCAACGAGGACAUGAAGCCCGGCCCGGCGUCCGAGCGGCAUUACGGGCUGUUCAAGCCGGACGGCACGCCGGCAUACGACGUCGGCGUGAAGGCUCCGACGAUCGGUGGCAGCUGGAAGGGGAGAGGCAAUGGCACUACCGGCGGCGGCGCCGGCGGGCUGGUCGUGGCGGAAGGGCCCGGAGGAGCGGACGGUGCAGGACCCGGAACUGGAUUCUACACAGUGUCUGCAGCGGCACACAAGGUGAAGAGGUGGCAAUGCUGGGAAAGCUUGUUGUUUGCAACUGUCUUCUUGGCCAUGGCUUCUGGCCUGUGCUGGUCAUGACCUGGAGUGAUGGAGUUUGAACUGUGAAGGUGUGCAGCAGUAGAAGAGGAGGAGGAGAUAGAUCUGCACCAUUUGCAGACAAAGAGAAGAUUGAAGAACGCCAUUGAUUCAAUUGAUUAUUCUUGUUUUUGCCGUCCUCCGGUUCGUGUUUAGUUGAUCUGUAGUUGUGUAGUACUGUGUAGGGAAGACAUAUAUACAUGAUAUACAUGGUACAGUGGAUCAAUGAUUCUGAAUUCUGAAGCCGGGACCGAUUGCAGGUUACCCGGUUGAAGAAAAAAACUAUUAGUUCAAAUUCAAAAUUCUGAAAGGAUUUGUUUGGUUGGUGUA